UGACUUGAAAUUGAAAACAAUAGACAAAUCAUAAAUGUAAAAAAAAAUAAUAAUCAUCAUGGAUAAUAAUAAUCGACACAAUUGGCCAUCAACAUCCACCAUAAAUUCAACAUUGACUUCAACAGCUAAUCAUAAUAAUUGUCAACAUUAUCACCAUUAUCAUUAUUAUGGUUCAUUAUCCAUAACGACAUCGACAUCAACAUCAACAACAACAACAACAACAACAACACUACAUCUACAACGAAAACAAUUCCUGACAAUUCUAAUCAAAUUAGAUCAUCAUCAUAUUAUCCAUUAUUGCCAAUUUCAUCGACAAAUUAUUGUGAUAAUAGCCAAAGAAUUAAUAAAUUUUCCAAUCAUUUGACAAAGAAAAAUAUUCCCGAAUCAUUAACAAAAUUGUGGAUGACUGAUGACGAUGAGCAAUAUUCAAAUAUUCGACGUCAUCAUCAUCGUCAUAAGCAUCCAUAUCGUCAUCAACAUCAUAAUGAUACGGCUGCUGAAUCGACAUGUUUUCUUGAAGAUACCGCAAUGGAUGAAACAAAUCUAUCCGGUUCAUUUGUUCAUCAAGAAUUUCGACCAUCAAUAUCACGUGCUUUAGAAUAUUGUCAUAAUGAAGUUUUACCACCAUAUAGACGAUUACUUAAAUUAUUGGGUUGGCAACCAUUUCAAUUUGAUUGUUCGGGUUUUGAUUGUUGUAAAAUUUUAAUCAAUUCAUUGCAUAUAAUGUUUUUGUUUCUGAUCAUUUGUAUUGGCCAUCUACUUCAAUAUGCAUCAUGUUUUCGACAGGAUAGUCUCGGUACUAUGGAUAUUUUCGAUGCAAAAAUUCUCAACGAUAACGAUAAUGCUGCUAUUAUAGAUUUAUUUCAUCAACAUUUUCAUUUAGAAACAAAUCAAAGUUAUCAAUUUUUUAAUUUGACAAAAAUUUUCAAAGAAAUUAAUCAUGAACUUGCUAGUGAAAUUGAUGAACAAAUUUUUAUGAAUCGUGUACAAAUAUUUCUACAUUGUAAAGGAUCAGCAAUGGCACAUUAUUUUCUACCCGGUAUCAUUCAUCUGGUAUCAUUUGCCAUUAUAUUGAAACAUUUACGUUUCUGUGAAGUGGAUCGUUUUCAAAAUCUAUGCCUAUUGAAUUUAUUAUUAGCCACAAAAAUUAUUGGACAUAAAAAGGCUAGUAUUCAGAUUAAAAAAAUUGUACGAAAUUGGAUUGUAGCCAUUUUUCUAUGUCUAUUAUUGAUCAUGAUUCAAUUCGCUAUACGUUUAUUCAUAUUUGAUGAUGUAUCAUUUGGUUUUAUUGAUGCCGAACAUUUACAAUGGCUACCACAACCAUUAUUGUGGCUAAAAUCUUUUUGUUUCAUUUUAUUUUCAUUCAUUGAAUUGAUACAUAUUUCAAUCAUAAUCAUAUAUGCACUUUAUUGUCAAAUGAACAUUCUAUUCAUUCAGAUGAAUGUUACAGCCAUAAGAGAAAAACGAAUUAAUUUUCAGGAAUUUGCCAAAAAUACCGAAAUAUUCAAAAUGAACAUCAACUUCCUUAAUAAUCGUUAUUCAUUGAGCGUAUCAUUGUUAAUGAUUUAUAUAACGGCCAAAGCAUCGGUUACCAUGUUGGAUAUGUUUGCCAAAUAUUCAUAUGUUGGAUGGCAUUUACUAAUGUUGGCUAUUUCAUCAAUGAUUUAUUGGUCAUUGUUAUUAUCGGUACCAUUGUUACAGGCAGCAAGAUUGACCAACGCCUGUCAAUCGAUCAUCGACAUUGGCCAUGAGUUGUGUGCUAGACCAUUCUGUUAUCAACAAACAGCAAGAGAUGAUCUCGAUUCAUUGUUGACAUAUACAAGUAGUUUAAAUCUAAAGGCACGUUUAUUAAUGAUUCCGGUGCGCCCAUCCUUUAUUAUAUCAAUAUUUCUUGUUCUCAUUUUUAUUAUAUUGAUUCUAAGUCAAUUUCAUUUGAUUGAUUUAUGAGAUUUGUGAAAAAAAUUUUGUU